UUCCUCAGCCGUAGGAAGUGAUGAUGGCAAAUGUAAAUACCUUGUUCACAUAACCUCCAGUCUUAAUUUAGAGAAAAAUUUCAAUGCUUUGCAUAAAAAUGUAUUGUUAAGAUUUCUGUGGCGACGAAUAAUGGUGUCAAAGGGUUGCUUUUGGCAUCACGAAAAUAAUGCACAAUAGCCGAGUCGCUCCAUUUGCCGUCCAAACAGAGUCAAACGGUGUCAACACAAGCAAUAGUAUGGCGACUUAUCCCGAAGGACAUGAAGAAUUACAACUUGAUUCCGCCGGUGACGACGACAGCAACGAUGAAGAAGGUCUUGGAAACAGCCGAAGCAAUAAAUUCUUUCAAGGCCUACCAAGUCAUAUUGCAAACCGUAAUGUCUCCGGGCCAUCACAGAGUGCAGGCCUCAGUCGAGGACGUUUACAACGUUCUAGCUCAGGAAGAGCUUCUCGCAGCUCGACAAGGGAUUUUAGAGACGCACAAGUCGUAGACAUUGAAGAUGAGGAUCAACCUGCUGAGAGUGGCCAUUCCUCGUACAAGGCUAUGGCGGCACCCAUGGCAACCAAACGUAGUGUCAGGAAGGCCAGAAUGACAAAUGCACCAUAUUCUAAAAACCUGUCUUGUUGGAAGGGGUUUAAAUUACGUACUGCAAUGUGGUGGCAUCACACAAAGCAAUCAAUCAAUGAAGGAAUUCAUGCUAUGGAGUUGUGGAAAGGUCAUUUGAAAGAAGUGGAAGGUCAAUUUGGAAAUGGCGUGUUGUCAUUUUUUCUGUUUCUAAAGUGGCUUCUGUUUUUGGACAUUCUCAUCUUCAUAAUUCAGUUUUGUUUCAUUUCCAUACCGAAGUUGACAUAUCCAGAACCUGAUUUACCUUCAAACACUUCAUGUUCUGUAGCAUAUGACAAUAGCUCGUCUACUGAAAAAGAUAUUGGAAAUUUGAUUGUGGACUUCAUGACUGGUCAGGGUUGGAUCAAUACAACCAUAAUGUUUUACAGCAGCUACCCUGCGGCAAAGCUUGUCAAUGAGGAUUCUACGUAUAAACUACCAUUGGCCUAUCUCCUGGGUGGUGCGGCAUACCUCGUCCUAAGUUUGCUUCUCAUGGUCAGCAGCCUGGCCAAGAACUUUCAGCAGAGCUAUAUCGAGGGCGGUGGACAGUUUUAUUCCUUUUGUAACAAAGCUUUUGCCUCCUGGGACUUUUGUAUUACCGACGAAAAAACGGCGAAAAUAAGAAGCCAGAAUUUUUUCAAUGAUAUUGAGGGGACGCUAAGCGAGUUGAAACGCUUGGAGGAAAUCAAGAAUCGAUCGAGGAAAAUGAAGUUCAAACUUUACACCGUGAGGUUCCUUGUUAGCGUGGUGGUCAUGGGUAUUCUUGCUGCAUCUAUAUAUGGUAUCUUUGUGACCACGGAAAUCGCCCUUGCAGCUGCUGGGGAAGGCCAGGGCAAUUUACUUGACACUGUCAAACGUUACGCCUCGUCGCUGACGAUCUCAGCGUUGAAUCUAUUCAUUCCGCCCGUGUUUGCUGUCCUAUGUACGUUUGAACAAUACAGUCCAAGUUUUGAGUUGGCCAUGAAUCUCCUAAGGACUGUUUUAUUGAAGUUGGCGUCCGUGGCUUCUCUGGUAAUCACAUUGUUUAUUGAGGCAGCUAAAAGGGAUGAUUGUGAAAAUUGCUGGGAGAACCAAAUCGCCGCACAGAUGUACAUGUUGGUUUGGCUUGAUUUUAUCAUUGUGCUCUUCACAACCCUUAUCGUCGACUUAGUUUACAGGUUGUUAUUUGACCACACAAAAUUCAAGAAAUUCGCCCCAGCUCCGGAAUUUGACAUUCCAAGAAACGUCCUUGAGUUGGUGUACGGACAGGCCUUGAUAUGGAUUGGUUGCUAUUUUUCCCCUCUCAUGGCAGCCAUGGGUGUCAUCAAACUAUUCAUCAUGUUUUAUGCUAAAAAGAUAGGACUGAUGUAUAACUGCAAACCAUCCUCAAAACCUUACAACAGUUCCCGUGCAAACUAUCUAUUCACCAUGCUGCUUCUGUUAUCAUAUCUGAUCUGCCUCGUCGCUAUCGGAUAUUCGAUAACAAGAAUAAAGACAUCCUGUUGUGGUCCAUUUAGCAACACCAACUGCGACGAUUCGUUCCGUAUGUACAACGUCAUUCCUGAUGAAAUCAACACUUGGCCACAGGUUCUCCAGGAUAUCUUGCGCUUUAUUGGAACUGUUUCCUUCAUCUUCCCAUUCGCUGUUAUUUUAUGUUUAUUGCUGUACUAUUUCCGAUCAAUGAACAAGGCUCACCAACACAUGAUAGAUAUGUUGAAAGAUCAACUUAUAUUGGAGGGACGGGACAAACGCUUUCUCAUGGAACGCCUUUUGGCCGACGCACAAAAAAAGCAACUCGCCGAAGAAUUCCCAACAAACGACAUUCCGUCGAAGACGACAGUAAUUCCAGACGAUUAACAUUAAUACUCGUCCACUUUUUAUACAUAUAUACAUCCUUUGUCAAUUUUACGUGAUUUAAAGCGGUAUGAUUAUGUCUUUGAAGAACAACUAUAAAAAUCAGGCAUAACUGGAAUUAUUGUAUAACUUAUUUUAAAAUUGUUAUACUCAUGCAAUGCCGUGAUGGAGGUAUUAGUUUUAAGAGACUGUUGAUAUUGAAGAUUUGAGUGAUAACUUAUGAGUUAUGUUGCUAUUUUAGUAUGACAAUUCUUGGAUAUAGUUGCGUAUUUUUAGUCGGCAUCGAAAACUUACUAAAUUCCCAGCAAUUUGUAUAUAAUUAACACUAAGUUAUUAAUAUUGUGUAUUUUUAUUAUAAAACCGGUAUUUAUGCAAUACAAUUGUAAACAUUUAACAAUGUUUUUCGUUCUGUUACAGUAUUUUUACUAUUUUAGUAUUAUCAAAGUGCGAUGGCCCUUCAGAUCUCCGAGCAGUGUAUAAUGAAGCAGUAGCCCUUCUUCAAAGUUUAACGGCGUGGAACACCACCAUUGGAUUGACAUCUAUUUUGUCCGCGCAUAAAUUAAGCAUAAGUUCCAC